CUUCCCCACACUGACCUGCGUCCUUCAUCUUCUCAAGCUUUCGCCUGCUACUUCACCUUACGCCUGCCCGCAGCUGUAUGCUAUCGUCGUCUGCCUCUCCCCCGAUAUCGACCCGUCCGCGUGGCGUGCCCGUCGCCCGAUCACUGGAGCUCGGCGGCAUCAGGCCCCGCCUAUCGCGUCUUGUCUCCUACCCCCGUCGUCGUGCUUGAGAUAUCGUCCUGCGCUAGGUCGUCCUUGACCUUCUCCGCGUCGAGCCAGACACCUUGCGCGCCUCCCACGACACCUAGCACACCUUCGACCUCUUCCCCUUCCCGACACAUACGCCGUGGAUGUCGCCCGCCGCGCCUCCGCUCCUGAGCGGCCCGCGCCUUACGACGCUCUUUGCGUCUAUCCUCGUCUCGCUGGCCUCGGGAACGAACUAUGUCUUCUCCGCCUACGGCCCCCAGCUCGCGAAGCGGCUCUCCAUCUCGCACACCAAGCUUAACUUGAUCGGUAUCUCGGGCAACGUCGGCGUCUACGCCUCCGCCCCCCUCUGGGGCAAGCUCGUCGACGCCCGGGGCCCCAAGCCCGGCUUCGUCUGCGCCUUCGUGCUCCUCCUCGCUGGGUAUAUGGGCAUCAAGAUCCUCUACGACGCGGGCAUAGUCGCCGACGGCCCCGUCUUCUUCGCGCUCAUCCUCUGCGGCACCGCGACCGGCGCGGGCGGCAACGCGGGCAACUCGAGCGGCGUGAACGCGGUCGCGCGCAGCUUCCCCGACCGCGCGCGCGCGACGGCGACGGGGCUCGUCCUCUCGGGUUUCGGGCUCAGCGCGUUUUUGUUCUCGACGAUCUCGCAUGUGUUGUUUGCGGGGAUACCGGCGCCGGGGAAUACGUCGCAUUUUUUGACGCUGCUGGCGCUGGGGACGGCGCUGCCGCAGCUGGUGGGGCUGGCGUUUGUGAGGGCGGUGCCGCAUGAGGAGGAUGGGGGGCACGGUGGUUACGACGAGGAUGCGGUGCCGGCUGGUUAUGACGAGGUGCCGGCUGGUUAUGACGAGGUGCACGGCGGUUAUGACGAGGUGCCGGCUAGGGAUGGUGUGCCGGGGACUCGUGUGGGGGGCGAGGGCGAGGUGUUGUUUGACGCGAGUGCGGGAGGAGGACUGGGUGCACCGAGGUACUGCGCCACCAACACGAGUCGGACGCCGCUGCUGGCUGCUGAAGAAGGACGAGCAGCGCCCACUAUAGGACGAGCAGCGCCCACCAUCGCGCAGAAAUCUGGCGACCUCAUCCUGCACUCCGAGUCCGACGACGAGGAUGCGGAUGUUGGAUUUGCGCCCAAAUCCCAGCACGGCGUCCAGCCCUCCAUGACGCCCGCCAUCGCGUACAUACCGGACGCGGCGGAGGGCGUCGAGCUGAGCGCGUCGCCGAGGUCGAGGUCGUUCAGCCCAGCUCGCUUGGAAAGACGCCUCUCGGAGUCGGUGGACAGGAGGAUGUCGCCAGCGCUCGGGGGAAGGGGUGUGUCACCCUCCCUGGACCGCGGAUCGCUGGAAAGACGCCUCGCACCUGACCUCGAGCGCCGCAUCUCGCACGACGUCGAGGUCAACGCAUCCCGCGGAUCGUUGGAGUAUCGGCCGCGCCUCAAUGCCUCGAGAAGUCGUGGCGUCGACGCGGGAAGGAGCCUGUCCAGGAGCGCCCGGUUGUUGCACGAGGCGGAGCAUGCGCAUGUGCAUCGGGAUGGUGGGAGACGACCCGACCACUCCCCCGACGCGCUCGACGAGAGCGAGGAGGACGAGCAGGACGCGCUGCUCGCGCCCGAGGUGCUCAUCCACCCGAGCCACGCGCAUCAUCAUCAUGACCAUCCGCAUGCGCACGGCUACGAGCCCGCGAACGUCCACGGACGCGCGCUCUUUACCAGCCUUGACUUCUGGCUGCUGUUUGUGAUCGUAUCGACGUUAAGCGGCACCGGCCUCAUGUACAUCAACAAUGUCGGCUCGAUGGCGCAGGCGCUGUACGCGGGAAGUCUGGCGGAAGCGAGAGCUGAGGCCUCGCACUCCAGUAUCUCAAGUGAAGCCCUCCUGCAGCCUCCCGCCUACGACGACGCGGCCGCAGCGGCUCUGCAGGCGACGCAGGUGUCGAUUCUGAGCGUGAUGAACUGCGCGGGGCGCAUCGUCAUCGGGCUCGCUUCCGAUUUCGUCAAGACGCGCCUCGGCCGCGUGCGCUCCGUGCUGCUCGUUGGCGUCGCGUUGAGCCUGUUCGUGUCGCAGGUGCUGGCGGGCAACAUCGACGAUCCAUCGUCCCUUUGGAUGGCGACCGCGCUGCUCGGGUUCUCGUACGGGAGCCUUUUCGGCGUCAUGCCCGCAGUCAUCAUCGAGUGGUUCGGGAUGGUCCACUUCUCCGAGAACUGGGGCUUUAUCUCACUCGCGCCCAUGUUCGCCGGCAACCUCUUCUCGCUCGCGUUCGGGCGGAACUUGGAUCGCGAGGGCGAGAGGGGGGCGAGGGAAGCGCCCGCACCUGUGGCAGCGCCGGACUGCGUCGCCGGCCGCUCGUGCUAUGCGGCGACGCUGCAUUUGACUGCCUCUUGCUGCUUCUGCGCGCUGCUGCUGAGCGUGUACGCGGUGUGGCGGGAUGAGCGGAAGAGGGGGGCUUGGAGGAGGGUCACGCUCUCCGCCGCCAUCUUCGUAGCGCUGGCGUCGGGGACAAACUAUGUGUUCUCCGGUGUGGCGCGUGAGAGGCAGCGGUUCUAUGGUCCCCAACUCGCUCGGCGACUCGAAAUGUCGCAAACACAGCUCAAUCUGAUAGGCAUGUCGGGGAGCGUUGGCAUCUAUGCUUCAGCACCCAUCUGGGGCAGGCUCGUCGACAAGCAAGGGCCGAAGCGCGGCUUCGUCCGCGCGUUCGUGCUCCUGCUGAUCGGAUAUACGGGAAUCAAACUCCUCUACGACACAGCUGUCUGCGCCGACGCCCGUGUCAUAACAGCGCUCGUCCUUUGCGGUAUAGCGACCGGUGCAGGCGGCAACGCAGGCAGUACGAGCAGCACGAACGCUGUCGCAAAAAGCUUCCCAGACCGAGCGCGUGCUACCGCAACGAGCCUUGUUUCCGCGGGCUUUGGGCUCAGUGCAUUUCUGUUCUCCACAAUCUCCCGCACCGUGUUCGCCAAGAUCCCAUCUCCGGGGAAUACGUCGCACUUCUUGACCUUGCUGAUCCUGGGGACGGCGCUUCCGCAGCUAGUCGGCCUAUGGCUCGUCGCGCCGAUACCGCAUGGAGAAGAGUAUAGAUCCUCUCGCGUUGAGCAGGGGAGCGACGGCUCGGUGGAUGAGUCAAGGGAUACUUCGGACGAACGCGAAGCAGGCGAGCAGGAUGCGCUCCUGGCCCAGCCGGAGGUCAUACUACCGCAGCAUACAGACCAUCGGCAUACCCACCAUUCCGACGAGCAUACACACCCUGCAGUUCAUCAUCAAAAUCAAAGCUACGAGCGCGUAAACUCUCACAGGAUAGAGCUGUUUUCUAGCCUCGACUUUUGGCUGUUAUUCGUUAUCAUAUCGACGCUCAGUGGCACUGGCCUCAUGUAUAUCAACAAUGUCGGAUCGAUGGUGCGCGCGCUGUAUGCGGGAAGUCUGGGCCGGUCCGCUUUGGCCCCUCCAGAUUACGACGACUCGGUCGCUUCUGCAUUGCAGGCGACCCAGGUCUCUAUCCUGAGCGUAUCAAAUUGCGCGGGAAGAAUUUCGGCAGGUUUUGCGUCUGACUUUGUCAAAACACGCCUUGGUCGUGUACGUUCUACGCUCUUUGUCGUCAUCGCGCUUGGCUUCUUCGUAUCGCAAGUGCUGACAGCGAGCACCGAUAGCCCUGAGUCUCUCUGGAUGGCGACCGCCGUCCUGGGUUUUUCGUACGGAAGCCUCUUCGGCACCAUGCCAGCGAUGGUCAUUGACCGGUUCGGUCUAGAACACUUCUCAGAGAACUAUGGAUUUCUCCAACUCUCGCCCCUGGUCGGCGGCAACAUAUUUUCGUUCGCCUUCGGUCGCAAUCUCGAUCGCGAGGGGGAGAAGCAGGCGUCGCGACCGAGCUUGCUUCUGCGCACUUCUGCUCAGCGUUUACGCGACAUGGAGAGAUGA